CUUCCGCUUGUGCAGCAGCCAUUUUGUCUUUCCGUUAGCGCCUGCUUUUGCCCCUUCGCUUUCUUCCUCCCGUCCGUCGCCGCCGCGGACCUCGAAACUCCAGUUCCACCUCGGGGCGGGAGGCGCCCGUUCCGCUUCUGUCCCGCUCCUGGUUCGCGUCCAUCGCGGAGGGAGGGCCAUGUCGAGCGAGGAGAGCUACCUGGCCAUCCUGCGCUACCUGACCAACGAGCGGGAGCCCUACGCGCCGGGCACCGAGGGCAACGCCAAGCGCAAGAUCCGCAAGGCGGCCGCCUGCUACGUGGUCCGCGCGGGGACCCUCUACUACCAGCGCCGCCAGAGGGACCAGCCCCGCUUCGCCGAGCUCGAGGUGGUGCUCCAGGCCGAGCGCAGGGCCAGGCUCAUCCGCGCCGCGCACCUCGAGCCCGACGGCGCCCACCGCACCCGCCUCCACACCUGGCAGCGCCUCUCCCGGCGGUACUGGUGGCGGGGUAUUCUGAAGCAAGUUAAAGAUUAUAUUAAAGAAUGUAGCAAAUGCCAAGAAAAAAUAGAUCGUUCCAGGUCUUUAUCAGAUCCAUCUGAAAUGCUGGAAGAGUUAGGAUUAGAUGUGAUGUCUCAUGAAGACAGUAACGAAACAGAUGAUGAAAUAAGUAACUCAGCAUCAAUUCCAGCAGCAUCACCAAAACCUGUGAAAAAGAAGCCAAUAGCUAAACAUGAGCUUGUAUUUGUGGAUAGUAAAGGCCUUGUGAAACAAACUUCUCCAAAGCAUUGUCAGUUGGUGUUGAACCAACUGAACCAGCAGCGUCUUUCCAAUCAGUUUUGUGAUGUUACUUUGCUUAUUGAAGGAGAAGUACACAAAGCACACAAAUCUGUUUUGGCAGCCAACAGUGAUUAUUUCAGAGAGCUGUUUAUUGAAAAGGGAGCUGUUUCUAGUCAUGAAGCUGUGGUGGAUCUUUCAGGAUUUCGCAAGGCCAGUUUCCUUCCUUUGCUGGAAUUUGCUUAUACUUCUGAGUUAAUAUUUGAUUUCUGCAACAUGGCAGCAGUAGCCGAACUAGCUCAGCAUCUCCUCAUGACAGAAGUCUUGGAAAUCUGUGAAAAUGUGCACAAACAGAUGGAAGAUAAACAAAUCACAGUGUAUCAGAAAGGAGAUGUUCAGAUAGUAGAGGUAACUCAGAAUAUUUUAGAACCAAGUGAAGGUGAAGACAACCCCAUGGACAGAACUGAGCAACCUUUAUCUAGUGAAGAGUCAGUAGCAGUUGUGAAUGGGACAUAUUCAAGCACUGAAGUGGAAGCAGUGACCACACCAGAAGCUGAAGUGCAAGCUGCUCCACAGUCUAUUGUGGACAAUCCUCCAGAGCCACCAGUACAUUCUACUGGAACAGAAGCAACUGACAAUGAAACAACAGAAAAUAAAGAAAAUGCUGAAAUAGUAGAGUGUACCACAAAUCAAAAUAUACCUAUAGAACAGACUGAGCCUCCAGCAAUUGAGCAAAUAGUUAUCAGUACUCCAGUCGAAAGUGAUACUCAUCAGAAUGUAAGCAGUGAAGAAAUUACAACUAAUGAAGCAAAUGUAGAAGUGGCUCCUGAGGAGUCACAGGAAGGACUGAAAAGAAAACGUGGCAGGCCAUGUAAAAUGCAGAGCAUUCCACAAUCACAGUUGGAAUCCUCCAUUUCCAGUCAAGAUGACACUUAUAAAAGCAAACUUCGCCAACGUUCUGUUACUGAAGGUGGUUAUAUCCGAUUGCACAAAGGUAUUGAAAAAAAGCUACAGAAUAGAAAGCCAGCCCUAAAAUCAGCCAUCCAGCAGGUUGCUAUGAAGUUAGUGCAAAGAGGCAAGAAAAUGAAGCAGCCCAAGAGAGACACCACACAACACAACGAGACAGAAGCUCAGCACAAAUGCAAUGAGUGUGGAAUUAUUUUUCAAAGGCGUUAUGCUCUAAUAAUGCACACACUGAAGCAUGAAAGGACAAAAAAUUAUAAAUGCCCACUGUGCAAAAAAGAGUUUCAGUAUGGUGCCUCACUGCGAGCUCAUCUUGUUCGUCAUACCCGAAAGAAUGAAGUGACUGUUGCAACUGCUAGUAUAGAAGAAAGUGGUGCAGCUAUGAAGGGAAGAACUAAGCGGGAGUUUAUCUGUGAUAUAUGUGGAAGAAGUCUACCUAAACUCUACUCUUUGCGAAUCCAUAUGUUAAAACAUACUGGUGUAAAACCACAUGCGUGUAAGAUUUGUGGAAAGUCAUUUACUUACAAACAUGGUUUAAAAAUGCACCUUGUGCUUCAUGAAGCAGAGAAGCAGUUUAAAUGUGAAUUGUGUGAUAAGUCCUUUGUCACAAAAAGAAGCCUUCAGGAGCAUAUAAGUAUUCACACAGGAGAAUCAAAGUAUUUUUGUUCACACUGUGGAAAGUCUUUCCAUAGAGCUUCAGGACUUAGUAAACACAUAAAGAAGCAUCAACCCAAACCUGAAGUUCGUGGAUAUCAGUGUACCCAAUGUGAGAAAAGUUUCUAUGAACCUCGGGAUCUUCGGCAGCAUAUGAACAAGCAUCUUGGAGUAAAACCAUUCCAGUGCCAAUUUUGUGGGAAGUGCUAUAGUUGGAAGAAAGAUUGGUAUUCCCAUGUGAAAUCUCAUUCUGUAACUGAUCCAUACAGGUGCAAUGUUUGUGGCAAAGAAUUCUAUGAAAAGGCUUUGUACAGAAGGCAUGUCAAGAAGGCCACUCAUGGGAAGAAAGGGAGAGCAAAGCAAAAUUUGGAGCAUGUUUGUGAGCACUGUGGAAGGAAAUUCUCCCAACUGCGGGAGUACAGAAGACAUAUGAAUAACCAUGAGGGUGUGAAGCCCUUUGAGUGUCUGACCUGCGGAGUUGCUUGGGCUGAUGCACGUUCUUUAAAGCGCCAUGUGAGAUCACACACUGGAGAGAGGCCUUAUGUGUGUCCAGUGUGCAAUGAAGCCUACAUAGAUGCUCGUACCUUAAGGAAACACAUGACCAAGUUCCACCGGGAUUAUGUACCUUGUAAAAUAAUGUUGGAAAAGGACACGCUUCAGUUUCAUAACCAAGGGACACAAGUUGAACAUGCCAUCAGUAUUUUAACAUCUGAUACACCAGAACAAGAGACAGAAGUUUGUAGUGAAGAGGUUGAGACAGUAGUAGUGACUGAAGAAACACUUGACACUGUUGCAGCAACUGAAGAGUGUACAACAGUUUCUACUCUUUCUGACCAAAGUAUCAUGCAGGUCGUCAAUUAUGUAUUGGCACAACAACAAGGACAGAAAAUCGCUGAAGUUACAGAAGCUAUUCAUACUGUAGAAGUAGAGGUAGAGCAUGUUUCUGAUCAUGACUGAAUACAAACAUUUGUUAAUGCAGAAGAUGACAGCUUAGGUGAAGCAGCAUGUGCAAUUUUCCAAUUAUUAAUUGGCUGACUGGACAUUAACAGCAUCACAGUAAUUCCAGAACCAUCCUCUGACUUUCUUGAAAGUUUAAUACGAACUUCCAUAAUGACAAAAUAAAACUGAUAAGACUGACAGAAUAAGCCAUGUGGACUUACAUGAAAACCACUGCAUCAUUUGUAAUCACAAGUAAAACAAAUAAUACAAAAAUAAAAUCAUUUGUGUGAUAGUGCUAGGUAUGAUGUACUUCUUGUUUUGCUCUUCAAAAAGUUUGCUUUUUACACAUCUGUUCUGCUCUAUAGGGUGGUCUGGUAAUCCAAAGCAUUGUGCCACUCAGUAUAAAAGUCAUUCUUGAAGGUCAUAGAAUAAAAUAAGAGGGUGAUUUGCAAAUUAACCUACCAACUAGAUGUUAGUAUACAAAAGCAUUAUGACAGUGCUCACAGCUCUGUAUGAUUCUGACACAUUUGUCAAAUCUGCACGGCUUUUUUGUAAAUGAACAUGAAUGGUGUAGGUCUGUUAUUUUAUUAUGCUUUAAAGCUUCCACAGGGUAACAAUUUCUGUAAGCUUCAAAAUGUAAUCAAGUACAGACGUUCAAUAGUUCUAACUGUAAUUGGUUACAGGCAGCAUUGUAGAGAAACUGGUUUAGUAUCUGUGACUGUGUACAUUCUUGCACUAUUUUGUUUUUUUUCAAGAUAGUAUGUCUUAAGGCAAGUAAAUAUGUCUGUAUAGUUUAUUUAAACUGAUGAGAUUAUGUUUUAUUUAAGAAACUACAAACCAAGAAUGAACAAGGGAAGAGAUGUUUUGUGUGUGCGCGCGCGCGCGCGUGUGUGUAUAUAUAUA